UUCCUGUUGGGGAUUUUUUCGUACCAACUAAAAUGUUAUCGUUUUGUUAAAAAUAUGAAUACGUGUUAAAUAGUAGACUCUAUCAGACGUUUGUGGUAACUUUAAAAUCAGAAAGGGAUUUGAUAAUGUCUGCCCAAAGCAGUGGAGAGAAUCCGGACUUCAGAGGAACGUUGGUGCGAUUGUCAAACUUGUUGAAAAAAGACGAUCUGGAGGCAAUGAAAUACAUGUGUAAAGAUGUGAUUGGAAAACGAGACUUAUCAAAAAUAGAAAGCUUUUUCGAAUUGUGUGACAAUCUAGAAAGUCGUGAUAUGCUUGAUAGUACCAAUGUUACAUUCUUACAUAAUCUGCUGUCUAGCUGCUGCUCCGGAAGAAAGGACAUAUUGCAUGUUUUAGAAAGUUAUACUGUACCAAAUAACAGGAUUAACAACGGAAAAGUACCCAACAACACACAGAAUGUGCAGUUAUAUCCCGUAAAUGUGAGCACGCCACAACAGACUGUAUAUGUACCAGUGACAGCUGUCUCUAGCCAUCAGGUAGCACAAACAUAUGACUACAAAGAUGUUGAAAAAGAAAUCAAUUAUCUUACAAGGAAACUAGGAAGGGAAUGGCGUUUUUUCAUGCGAGCCUUGGGAAUAUCUGACAACGACAUGGCUGAAAUGGAGCUGCAACACCCACGCAAUAUGCGUGAACAGAUUCAUGGCUGUUUUGUUAUUUGGUCGCAGCAAAAUAGAGGGCUUGUAAACAAAAACAUGCUGAUGACCGCUUUGAUGGAUGCUUCUGUUGAGAGAUAUGACCUUUCAGCUGAUCUUGAAGACGGUGACUUUUCUUAAUUAUCCAUUAGAAGCAAUGAGGCUACUAAGAUAACAUGAAGUAUUAAAUGUCCUGACUCCAGUUUCAGGAAAUUUGCUGUACUGGAAGAUAUUCCUUAACUUUGGCGAUAGGAAAGCAUUGCUGGUUUCCAAAUGAGGAAAUUUCCAUAGGUUUUUUUAGGAACAUUCCUGAAACUGUAGCUCGACAACCAUUAGCCUGCAUGAUGAUGUGAUGUAUCUUUGAGCUGCUUGAGUGUGUCUGUGACAAAAUGACGCCCUAUGAAGAUAAAACUCUUCUUUUUUUCACCAUCCAAUCUACAUAAUUAAAACUCCUCGGAUUAUUAUGACUAUUUAAUCUUAGAAAUUAAAUUCUGAAUUUAAGCCUUUCAAAACCUUACUUUUCCUGAAAAAAACAUUGAUCUGUUUAACAAUCAGCUUUCCAAUAUACUAUAGAAAUCAGACAUUUACUGAAAUGACCUAUUCAUCAUGCAUCAUUAAAUUGUCAAAUUGGAUUAUCCAAACUUACUCCAGAUUGUUUAUAUAACCAUCUGUCAUUGAUAGAAAGCCAUAACACACUAGCUAUGCUUUCUCGCCUAAAACAAGAUUUUGUACACAGAGUAGAUAAACUAAAAUGUAUGUUGAUGAAGUAAGAUACUGUAGAUGUAUGCUCUGUUCUGUGUAGUGUUGUGUCUGAUAGGCUAUUUUGUUACAAUAUCUUUACAAGAGAUGGUUACUAUAUAAAUGCAUUUUUAUAUAUUUACUAUCACCAAUUUGUAAACAAAUAUGAAAGUGAAACUAGAAUGAUAUAAAGAAUACUUGUCAUUCCUCCCCUCCUACUCCUGGUCACUUUAAUGACUGGAUAUCCUUGGUAUCAGGUGUGAUAGUGUAUCCUGGUUACUAAGUGUGAGAGAAGAUCUUGGAUACCAGGUGUGAGAGAAUAUCUUGGAUACUAAGUGUGGCAAUAUAUUUUGGGUAUCAGAUGUCACAAUAUAUCCUGGAUAUCAGAAAUGACAGUAUAUCCUUUUUACAUCAGGUAUGGUAGUCUAUCCUAGAUACCAGAUGCGACUAUAUUAUCACUCACAAGUGUGAUAAUAUAUCCAGGGUUUGUGAUAGUAUAUUCUGGUUACCAGGUGUGACAACAUCCCAGGUACCAGGUGUGACAGAACAUCCCAGGUAUCAGGUGUGACAGAACAUCCCAGGUAUCAGGUGUGACAGAACAUCCCAGGUACCAGGUGUGACAGAACAUCCCAGGUACCAGGUGUGACAGAACAUCCCAGGUACCAGGUGUGACAGAACAUCACAGGUAUCAGGUUAGAUAGUAUAUCCUGAGUACCAGGCAUGACCUUAUAUGUCCAUUUGGCGACUUCUUUGAUUUUUGUUUAUUUCAAUAAAAAGCAAAAUUAUUUAUAUACAUUGUUCCUCAAACAUCAAAUCAGUAUGUUUUGUCAAUUGCCCCGGCUGAAAAAGGAAUAAAUAAUUUUGUGAAAUGUAA